AUGUCAGGUUGUCAACCUGUUAAUACACCAGUUGAAAAAGGAUUGAAACUAUGCAUAGAAGAAGGCCAAAUUCCUGUUGAUAAAGGAAGAUAUCAAAGGCUUGUUGGGAGACUAAUGUAUUUGGCUCACAGAAGACCUGAUCUAGCAUAUGCCUUGAGUAUUGUCAGUCAAUUCAUGCAUAAUCCUGGAAAGAAACAUAUGGAGGAAGUCAUGAUAUUACUAAGAUACUUAUUGAGAUACUUAAAGUUUUCACCUGGAAGAGGUAUUUUGUUCAAGAAAAAUGCAACGAUAGAAGAUAUUGUUGUAUAUACUGAUGCUGAUUGGGCUGGAGCAUUAGUAGAUAGGAGAUCUACAUCUGGUUAUUUUACAUUCGUAGGAGGUAAUCUUGUUACCUGGAGGAGCAAGAAACAACAUGUGGUUUCUCGCUCAAGCUCAAAAGCUGAAUAUUGA